AUGAUCCUUCUGGUUUUGGCUGCGUGGUUCGCUAUUCUGGGGCCCUUGUGGCUGUUCACCUCGCGCACGUACCGGGCUCCUCUUGACCUGGAGUCCAUGCGGUAUUAUGAGGCCAAUAUCGACCGUAUGGUAGCCCCCAGAGUCAAGGUCUACAUACCCAACAGCCAGCAGUUUCCGGACCUGGCACAGGCGGUCGAAAAGAUCGCCAAUGAGAACCUAGCCAGGUCUUCGUCGUACAGACUUGAAGUUACUGGCGACAGUUCGCAAAAAACCGACGAUCACAUCACUAUGACCAUCCACCAGGCCAAGGAGGUGCUGUUCGCGAUCUCCGAUACAGAAAAGGACAUCGACAUGACAUAUACGCUUGAACUAGUAGACUUGGGCGAACUACCAAGCAUGGUUUCUUUGGUGUUGUUAAACCACGUCCUUGGCAGCGAAAUUGCCUUUUUCUCAAACCACGCUACCCUCGCACACCACGUUGCCCCUUACUCGCCAGCUUACCACCUGACUUUCAGUCUAGUAUAUGGCGGCGGCGAUGAAAUUCAGUGGGACAUCAAGGAAUCAAUGCACAGAUUCGGCGCUCUAGUUCAGAAACUCGACGACUCGGUCGCUAAUAUCACAAUUGACUCGCAGGUCGAGUACUACGCAGAGCUGGGUACCUCUCCACAGAACAACGGGACACACCAUGUUCUUGACAAAGACAACCUGAGUACUCUAGUCAAUUUCGCCGAGUGGUCUUUGGCCUCGACGGUAGAAUACCAGACCCUCAACUUUGUGCUGUACAUCCCCUCGCCCUACCAGUCACCUCUGGUCAUUGCCGAUUCGUCGACCAACUCCUUUUUAAUUCCGCAGUGGGGCGGAGUCACAAUCAUGAACACAAUGCAGCAUCAUUUGACCAGCCAAGAUCUGGACCCGGUGUUUGACGUCUUUGCAUCUCAACUCCUCUCGCUUCUCGGUGCGCCAACUUCCCCGUCAUCUCCUGCUAUUCGCAUGGACAUGCUGUCCAGAAUGACCACGCUGCGAGCACUGCGGUCCACCGCGGCUUCUCUGGGUGCUCUUGUCCGUCUUUACAACCAUAUGCCCAACAUUGCCAUCCCGAAACGCGUGCUGAAGCACUCAGAAGCAGCAAUCGAAGGCAUCAAAGCGAGCUUGCAUGCCCUCUCCAGCUCGGAAUGGGCCAAGGCUGCUUCGCUGGCCGGCCAGGCUUUUACAAACGCUGAACAGGCCUUUUUUGACAAAGAAAUGGUUGCCCAAACGUUUGUGCCUAGUGAGCAUAUGUUUGCAGUUUACAUGCCUCUUCUGGGCCCAAUUGCCCUUGUUUUGUUCACAAACUUUCUUUCUUACAAGAAGCUGCGAAGGCUCAGCGAGCAAUCAAAGAAAGCUUUGGCCGAGGCUGACGCGCUGGCUGCGGAAACUAAACUGCAAGUUCAAAAUGAAUUAGAAAAGACGUAG